GUCCACAUGGUAACGUACAGGAGAAACGGAGCAGAGGAUCCACCGAAUUACCCCAACGGGGGCCUCGUGUUCGCUUUCGUCCAUUCCUGCUUGCCCCGUUUCUUCCUCCCUCCCGCUUCCUUCCUUUUUUUUUUCACUUUCCAUUCGACUCCCAAUUCCGAAAUAAAUAGCCAGAAGAAAAACGAAUCUUCUCCUCCAUUCCCCGAGCAAAUCCCCCCUUCACUCCUGCGAGAUCAAAUCUAUUCGGCGAUAAUUUCUCGUCCAUCGCCGCCGUUUCGCCCUCCCAGCCUCCCUGCUCGCCGCCAGGGCCCAGGUUUCCGGUGGACAGGUUGCUGACUGCUGUGAUCCUUUGUUGAAUGGCACAGUGCAGCUACCGACGGGAGGUUUCCCGGGUUUGAUGUAAUCGGGCUAUCAAAGUGGUAGUUCUUAUGGAUCAACUUGCCAUUCUUGCGACGGAGUUGGUUGACUCGUCAGAUUUUGAGGUCGAUGGAGUCCCAAACCUCACUGAGAAUGAUGUCAGUGACGAGGAGAUUGAGCCUGAGGACCUGGCGCGGCGGAUGUGGAAGGACAGGGUUAGGCUUAGGAGGAUCAAGGAGCGGCAGCAGAAGCUUGCGCUGCAGCAGGCUGAGUUGGAGAAGUCGAGGCCGAAGCAGAUAUCCGACCAGGCCCUGCGCAAGAAGAUGUCGAGGGCUCGGGAUGGGAUCCUCAAGUACAUGCUCAAGCUGAUGGAGGUGUGCAAUGCGCGUGGGUUUGUGUACGGGAUCAUCCCUGACAAGGGGAAGCCUGUCAGCGGUGCUUCAGAUAAUAUCAGAGCUUGGUGGAAGGAGAAGGUCAAGUUUGACAAGAACGGGCCUGCAGCGAUUGAGAAGUACGAAUCUGAGAACUUGGUUUCUGCUGAUGCGCAGGGCGGUGGGAUUAAGAACCAGCACAGCUUGAUGGAUCUCCAAGAUGCCACUCUGGGUUCUCUACUUUCGUCAUUGAUGCAGCAUUGUAAUCCACCACAGCGCAAGUACCCUCUGGAGAAGGGCACUCCACCCCCAUGGUGGCCUUCAGGGAAGGAGGAAUGGUGGAUUGCCUUGGGCCUUCCCAGCGGUCAAAUGCCUCCUUAUAAGAAACCACACGAUCUUAAGAAGGUUUGGAAGGUUGGUGUGCUUACAGGUGUAAUCAAGCACAUGUCCCCCAACUUUGAUAAGAUCAGAAAUCAAGUACGCAAGUCAAAAUGCUUGCAGGAUAAAAUGACCGCAAAAGAGAGCCUAAUUUGGCUUGGAGUUCUGCAGAGAGAAGAAAGGCUUGUUCACAGAAUUGACAAUGGUGUAUCAGAGAUUACUCACCACAGUUUGCUAGAAGACAGAAAUGGGGAAACAAUCAGCAGCGGUAAUGAGUAUGAUGUUGAUGCUUUUGAGGAUGCUCCUCUUUCUACAUCAUCUAAAGAUGAUGAACAAGAUCUGUCUCCUGUUGCACAAUCUGCUGAGGAGCAUGUCCCGAAAAGAGGGAGGGAAAGGGCCUACAAUAAACGCCCUAGUCAGAUUGUUCCUAGUAAGGCAGGGAGAACAAAACCACCAAAGAGGAAAAGAGCACGUCACAGCUCCACUGGUAUUGAGCGUGAUGUACAAAGUGUUGAUGAUGCACCAGAAAACCCAAGGAAUUUGAUUCCUGAUAUGAACCAACUGGAUCAAGUAGAAAUCCAAGGCAUGGCUACCCAGAUUGUUAGCUUCAACCAUGGGGGCACCACAAAUGAAGCUUUAGACCACAGAGGAGAUAAUCAAGUACAGGUCCAUCUUCCUGGUGCUGAGGGUAAUAACUUCGAUGGUGCCCCAGCUGCAAACGCUACUCCUAUAAGCAUAUAUGUGGGAGGGCAGCAUUUACCUUAUCAAAAUAGUGCCAGUGCCAGGUCAAGAUCUGAAAAUAAUUUUACAGUGGAUGCUGAUCCUGGUUUAAAUAAUCUGCCCAGCAGUUAUCAUACCUUGCCACCGAAACAGUCACUACCACUAUCUAUGAUGGAUCAUCAUGUGGUUCCCAUGGGUGUCAGGUCACCUACUGAUAACAUUCCCUAUGGUGACCAUAUACUAGGUGGAAAUUCAACUUCUGUUCCUGGAGACAUGCAGCAGCUUAUAGAUUUUCCUUUCUAUGGUGAACAAGAUAAGUUUGUUGGCAGUUCCUUCGAGGGAUUGCCUUUAGACUAUAUCAGUAUCAGUAGCCCAAUCCCAGAUAUUGAUGACUUGCUGCAUGAUGAUGAUUUAAUGGAAUACUUGGGGACAUAACCUUAGGUUAGGAUGAGGUCGACGUUUGUUUUUCAUCCAUUUUGUCUUGCCAGAAUCAUCAUCCUAACUUGAGUAUGGAAGGCUAAACUUCUCAUUUUCUUGCCAGUCUUGUUAUUUGAGACCAAGCAUCUGUAGUAUGCUGAGUGAUGACUUGCAUUCUUUGGCAAUAAUGUUUAGAGACAGAGUUGUACAUUUGGAAGGUGAACAUGGUCUGAUAAUCUCUGGUGAAGAAAGGAAGUAUUUUUGUAACUUUAGAAUCUGUGAGAUAUGAGUGUUUUCCUGUUCUGCUUCCUCUCUUUCUCUAUGGCCUUUUGCCAUCUACAUAAACAUCAGGAAUCCAACACUGUAUAUACAAUAAGGAAUGAAAAAAAAUCAGUUGAGGCACCCCUCUAUA